AUGUCCCAGGAGCCACUAUGGAGCACGACCCGGGUGCCUGCUCCGCGGAAAGCGUGGCCGGAAGCGCGAGACGAAAAGAGGUUCAAGCCGCUUGCGGGCAUUAGAAUUGUCGACUUUUCCCGGGUCAUUGCAGCCCCGGCGGUCUCCAAGAUGUUGAGCGUCCUCGGGGCCGAUGUUCUCCGCGUGUCAUGCGAUACGCUGCCCGACUACGGGGCGACGAUGCCGGACUUGCAGACUGGAAAAAGGGAUACGAAUAUUGAACUCAAGACGGAGGAGGGCAAGCGGACUUUUGCUGAUCUUGUUAGGGGUGCUGAUAUUCUGGUGGAUGGAUAUCGUCCAGGUGCUUUGAAGAGACUCGGGUUCGACACGGCCGCCUUGCGCGAGUUGAAUUCCAGCCUGAUUUACAUGCGGGAGAAUUGUUACGGAUUCAAGGGACCUCUGGCUUACCGAUCUGGAUGGCAGCAGAUCAGUGACUGCUUGGUUGGUCUUUCUCACCUGCAGGGUAGAUUUCUCGGCCUGGACGAGGCUGUCGUCCCGCUUCUGCCCAACUCCGACUACCAGAAAGGCUUGGUCGGUGCUACGGCUGCCAUUCAGGCGUUGAUUGCUCGUACAUCAGAGGAUGUCACGUUUGACAUUGACAUCAGCUUGACCCAGUACAAUAUUUGGUACUACAACCUGGGCCUCUACUCUGAAGAGCAGCAACGGGAGCUUAGAGCCCGGGAUCCCGAAUUCAGCCCGCGGCACUACGACGAUAUGGGCACUUUUGUUGGUAAGACUCAUCAAUCCUGGAAGAAGAUUCGCCCAAAUAUCUUCACCCAUCCCGAAUACUUCUGGAACAUGAGCGGAAGAAACUACGGACUCAAUGAGGAGAUCAGAGUCCUGGCUCCUGCGUUCCAGUUUGAAGCGACUCAAAUCGGGUGGGAUGAACCAACCGGUCGUAGAGGAAGGUCGAAGCCUGAAUGGAUUCCAUGA